AGCACCCGUCGUCCUCCUUUUCUGAGGGUGGCCGGGGGGAGAAGCAGACCCCCACCCCCAUGGAGGACUCUCCGCUGGCCUCUUUACCCCACACCGACUCAGGCAUUGGGGAGGAGGGCCACGGCCCUGGGGGUCUGAACGGARCCGAGUUGGGCCUGGGGCUGGGACUGGGCAUGGCAGGCAGGGAGACGGACAGAGAUAGACACAGAGAGAGGGAUGGAGGAGGAGGGGAUCUACUGUGUACCCUGUCAUCAGAGGUUAGGAGGUCAAGGGAGAGCCUAUUGGAUUCUCCCCAUAACCCUAACUCCGCCUCCAAUCCUGGUCAAGCACCUCCCUCGUCGAUCUCGAGCAUCAGCCAGACUAACAAGGGCAUCAACGUCAAGGAGAUUCUGAAGAGCCUCGUGGCCGCGCCCCUGGACGGUGGGGAGGCGGGACAGGAAGUUGGCCCCACCCCCUACCACCCUGAUCCCGCCCUCAAGACACACCCCAUGCUGCCCAUGCAGUUCCACUCAUUCGACAGGUGUGUGUCUGUGCGACGAAGGUAUGACUACUGCAGGGGUAGAGGACAGUGGCCUCCCCCAUGCACGGCGGGGAGAGACAGCCGUGAGAAGAUGAG